GCACCGGGCCCUGCGAUGCCGUUUGGCUGCGUGACACUGGGGGACAAGAAAGACUACAACCAACCGUCCGAGGUGACCGACAGAUAUGACCUGGGCCAGGUCAUCAAAACGGAGGAGUUCUGUGAAAUCUUCCGGGCAAAGGAGAAGACAUCGGGGAAGCUGUACACCUGCAAGAAGUUCUUGAAGCGGGACGGGCGUAAGGUGCGGAAGGCUGCCAAGAAUGAGAUCAUCAUCCUGAAAAUGGUGAAGCACCCCAACAUCCUGCAGCUGGUGGACGUCUACAUCACGCGCAAGGAGUACUUCAUCUUCCUGGAGCUGGCCACGGGCCGGGAGGUUUUCGACUGGAUCCUGGACCAGGGCUACUACUCAGAGAAGGACACCAGCAACGUCAUCCGGCAGGUGCUGGAGGCUGUCGCAUAUCUGCACUCUCUCAAGAUCGUUCACAGGAACCUCAAGCUGGAGAACUUGGUGUACUACAACCGCCUGAAGAACUCCAAGAUCGUCAUCAGUGACUUCCACCUGGCCAAGCUGGAGAAUGGUCUCAUCAAGGAGCCCUGCGGCACCCCUGAGUACCUGGCUCCGGAGGUGGUGGGGCGGCAGCGGUACGGGCGGCCGGUGGACUGCUGGGCCAUUGGUGUCAUCAUGUACAUCCUCCUUUCGGGGAACCCCCCCUUCUACGAGGAGGCGGAUGAAGAUGACUACGAGAACCACGACAAGAAUCUCUUCCGCAAAAUCCUGGCCGGGGACUACGAGUUCGACCCCCCCUACUGGGAUGACAUCUCGCAGGCGGCCAAGGAGCUGGUGACACGGCUGAUGGAGGUGGAGCAGGACCAGCGGAUCACGGCGGAGGAGGCCAUCUCCCACGAAUGGAUCUCUGGCAACGCUGCCUCCGACAAGAACAUUAAGGACGGCGUCUGCGCUCAGAUCGAGAAGAACUUCGCCAGGGCCAAGUGGAAGAAAGCCGUGCGAGUGACCACGCUCAUGAAGCGGCUGCGGGCACCCGAGCAGACGGAGUCGGCCCCUGCAACCACCGCCGCCACCACCGCCACCGCCACCGCCGCUACCACGGACGCCGCGGCCCCCCUGACCCCCGCCACGCCGCCCACCGCCAGCCCGGCCGCUGACACGUGUAACGGGGCCGGGGACGCCGCCGCCGCCGCCCUCGCCGAGGCCCCCAGCGAGCCGAGCGGCUGA